AUGGCGUAAGUAUAAUAUAAAUAAGCCUGGUUCUUACAAUGUACUAUUAAUUAGUGGUUAGCGUUAAACGUGAGUAAACCUACAGAAUUUCGAUGGUUUGUGGCAAAUUUAACCAGUGGUUAGUGCUCAUCAGACAUUAUAAGAACUAGUCUAAGUAUUUUUAGUCUUUGUUAUUUUUCAUACUUUUCAUAUUAUUAAUUUUAGUAUUGAUAGCUUGUCAGAAGAUUCAUCUGGGGAUUCUGUUAAAAUAAUCGAUACCAUUCGACUAGAUAAAAAAAAAAAGAAGAAGAAACAUAAGCAUAAAAGUGAUAAGUAAGUUUUGUAUUACAUAGGUACAUAGGUACAUUUAAAUUUAAUAUUUAUUAUAUAUAUAGUCUGAUUAAUAUUUCUACCUAAUUUGCUUUAACUAACUAUUUUUUGUUACUUGUUUGAAUGUCUUGUCAGUACAUCGUCAAAAUUUUCUGUCUUGCCACUAGCAUGCUCUUAAUUUGUAAUUAGACAGUGAAGUAACCUGAUGGACUUACUAUGUGUAAUCUUAAAUUAAGUCAUUAAAGCCAUAUAAUGUUUAUUGUAAAAUAUAAAGCCAAUUUUCAUGAGUCAUGGAACUCAUUAGAAGAUAGGAUAUUGACAAUGUAAUGGAACAUUAAUUAUCUGUACCACUGCUGUAGAUAUCUAAUAUUAUAUUAAACAAUUUAAAAAUUUAUUGGACAAACAUUAUUUACCUAUGUUUAUUUUUAACUAAAUAUAAUUGAUACUUUAAGUACCUAGAAUCUUUUGUACAAAUAAAUGGCGGCCUUGAUGAGGAUGUGAAACAUAGGAUUAAGUCUGGUUAGACUAAAAAGAGAUAAGCGCCAGGUGUUUUUUUGUGAUACAGAGAAUUUCAAUGAAACUUAAAGGUUGGCAAAUUCUGCAAGAGUGAGAUGAGACCGGUGAAUGCUGUAUGCUUCAAAGUGUUUGAUAGUAGACAGAAAAAUAGCACAGAUAAUGAGUGUAGCAGGAAUGAGAAUGUUUAGGUGGAUGAAUGGAGUGACAAAAGAAGAUAUGAUAUGUAAUGAGUACAUACAAGGUAGCUUAAGUGUUGCUUCGAUGGUGAACAAAAUGAAAGAUAAUUAAACGAGAUAGUUUAGUGAAAUUUCCUUUCAGAAACAUUUCUUUCAACAAAAGUUGGAGCAAAAUUGCUGUUAGAAAAGUUGUGCACAAAAAAAUAGAAAGCUAUAAUAUAUUUUAACUAAUACUCACAUUUCUUAUAUAUUUUCCCAUUUUUUUUCCGGUUUUUCAAAUUUGAUGAGAAAAUCAAAAUCUCUAAAGUACCCCCUCACGUAUUUCAGAAAAGGUGCUACACGUAGAAAUCCAAACAAGUCUUCUGGUAGAAAAGUUGGCACUGAUAAAAAGAAAAAAUAAACAUCUUUUUAAAACCAUAAGCUUCUUUGCUCCACUCUGAAUCUAUAAUGUUAACAUUGUUAAACAUUUUAACAUAAAAUGUUAAUUUUUCUUCACAUUAAAGUUGAUCCCUAACUUUGCAUGUUUAAUCUUUUACUCUUCUCUAUUCUCUUAAUAUUCUGAUAUCAAGAGUAAUUGAAACAGGAAGUUAGUCUAGUCAUUUCUUGAAUAACUUUUCUUGAUUUUUCUUUCUCUAUUCAAAAUGGUAUUUGUUUUCCAAGUAUAUUAGUAGUUAAAGUUAAAUAUGUUUAAUAAUAAUUAAUAAUAAGUAGGUAUUAAUUUGUAUUUAGAAAUUAAUUUCAUUUAUAAUCUUCAAAUAUAUAUAUAUAUACAGGAUGUUUUUUCAUGAAUCAGCAAUUAUCUCGGAGUUAUUUUAUGUUAAUUUUAUUUUUGUUUUUUUCUUAUCAUUAUGGAAUUGUUUAAGCUAUUAUCCUUCUUUACUCCUCCAGUCUAUAAACUUUAAACUGUUAUAACUUUUAAAGAGUAAAUCUAAUAAUAAUGUUGUGUAUAUCAAAAUCUUUAGAAAAAUAUUUUCUUCAAAUCUGUGCUCAAAAAGAGGUUCCUAUUUGAAGAUCAAAAGUGUGUACUUAUUGAAGGUUUAUGGUGUAGGAGUAAAAAAUUAAAAAUGGUUUUAAAAUAAAGUUUAAAAGAUUCUAUAAUGAUUAGAAAAAACAGAAAUCAAAUUCACUUAAAAAACUCCGAGAUAAAUGCUAGUUUAUGAUAUAAUCAACCUGUAUGUAUAUAUAUUUAAAAACUUCUGUAACAACUUCCAUACAACAUGACAAUUUUAUAAGUAAACCAUUUUAUUAUUUAUGUGGUUUUAUCAGUAACAUUCUAAUAUACAACUCGCACAAUAAUUUUUGGUUUUAUAUGCAACCUGUAGGUUAGUAUAUACAGUGAAAUCUCUUCUAAUGGACACCUCUCAAUAACAAACAUUUUUUUUGGGAACGGGGACAUUUUUACAACUUUUCAAGGAGAUAACCUCAAAAUAACUGACUCUAUUUUAAUCUUAAUUUAAAAAAAGUGACAAAGUGAUGGUAUCAAAAUAUAUUGGCAUAGUAUGUAAUCUUUUAAUAAUGUGAUAACGAUAACAAACUCGAUAAGUUUACGAAUAGCGAACACCUAUUAGAGUUCUAUUAUUAUUACAAAUUAUUAUAUUAUUGAAUCUAUAUAAUUAGUAUAUACAUAACUAUAUAACUUAAAACAUAAUUAUAUACUAAAUCAUAUUAUAUUUUAUAUUACAUUUUUAUAACAACAUUAUAAUUUAAUUUGACAUAGCGCAAAUGUUUUCAUUUUACACAUUAUCCUUUAAUUUCAAAAAUUUACUCCUUUGAAUAACGACUAGUGGACAAAAAUUUGGCGACUGAGGGUGUUUGCUAUUCAGAAAUUUCACUGUAGUUAAAAAUGUACCAAGUGAUUAAUUUAAUAAAAAAAAGUUUUUACUAAGCCUACUUUGGUUUGGUAAAGUUUAAAUUUUAUUGUUAAUUUUUCUCUCAUGUCUACUAAAAAUAUUUUUCAGAUUUGGAUAGUAGGAAUUUUACCACUUAUCUUCAAGUUUUUUAAACUAAAUCAGGAUAGGUACAACAUUUGUUUUAAGUUGUUUUCCUUAUAUCUUUUAACAAACUUUCAGUCAUGUAGCUUGUACAUUUGUAUUGGUAUUGGUAAGUUAAUAGUUGUGUGUAGAUGUUUCAGUUUUAUAUUAAGUUAAGAAAUUAUUUAUGAAAAUUAAUUUAUGUAGAUAUUACAGACAUAACAAUAUUAAUAAUAUAUUAUUUUCAUAUUUGAUAAUUGUUUAUGAAGUUUGUCCCACUUACCUGUAAUUUUAUUCUUGAAUAUUUUAUAUUUGUUGAAGAAAUAUUUUAAAUAUUAAAUAAUAUCUUCAAUAUUUCUAGAAAACAUAAAAAAUCAAAAAAGGAAAAUGGAGAUUCUAAAUUAAAAGAUAAAAAUAAGUCAAAUGGCAAUCACAUUCAGAAUGGGAAACAAAAACGACCACCAUCUCCACCACCAUCUGAUAAUUCUAAGAAAAAGAAAACUGAAGGAUCUAUUAAUGUAAUAGGUGAUAUGAAUGAAGAAGAUAUGAACCUGGAGGAAUUAAUGAAACAUAAGGUAUGCUACAAAUUAAAAUAUAUAUUUUUGGUUAUGGUUAUGCACAUUUUAAUAAUCUGUAUGAAAAUUGUAAUUAUUAUACUGAAUAGUUUGUUAAGAUAUUUAUAAUAUUUUUCAUUCAAAACAAAUAUUUCCACUUAUGUAAAUAUUUACUGUUUUUAAUAGUGGACAACAGAAUUUAAUUUGUAUAUGAAUAAUUUUAAACCUCAAAAUCAUCAAGUAAAAUACUUUUUAGUUCUUAAUAUUUUGUAUUUUGUCAUUAAUUCAAAAUUGAUGAUUAAUUAAAAAUAUUUUUUCUAUUUAAAUUCCUUUGUUUUACAGUUAUUAUAAUUAUUUCAUUUUGGAUUAGAGUUUAUCUGCAGUAAUUCAUUUUAAUAUAUAAAAAAAAAAUUAUAAAUUACAGUGUUAAAAGAUAUUAUAAUAGUAAUUUAUUUUUUUAUUACAUUUUGAAGUUUCGAUAAUGUGUAUAAUGCAUGCCACUCAUAAAGCCAUUUUACAAUUUUUUGAAAAAUUUAGACAUUUCCAUACAAGAUUACAAUGAGAACAUUAAUUGCAUAGUAAUAACAUACCAUUGUGAAUACAAUCAAUUGUGAAAAUAAUAUAAGAGGUACAAGGGGACUGUUUAUUGUUUAUUAAGAUUAGAAGAAGCGUAGCAUGUGAAGAAGAUGGUGGUUAUAACCAUGGGAAGUAAGAAUAAGUUGGAACAGCGAACAGAUAGGAAUUAAGGAUGUUGUAGAAGGGAACUUUAAAAGAAAUCAUCUUCAGUAAGUCGGGUGGGUGCAGAGAACCAUUAAGGACUGCAGUAAUAAAAUCUCUUUAAUGUGACAGGAGCAAAGUGUAGAGAUAUUUAAAGUAUUAUUUAUGGGAGUAUAGCCAGGGUGUGUAUGUAAGGAUAGCUGGUGUGGCUAAAAAUUUGUUAAAGCCUAAGUUGGUCCUUAGCAAAGAAUGGAUGCCAUACAGGUAUGUCAUAUUCUAGCAAAGAACAGACCAAAGAAGUGUAUAGUAAAUGAAGAUAGCUGGGGCGAGGAGAAAAGUUUAGUAUUGCGCUUAAUAAAGCUGAUCAUUUUGAAGACUUACUUAUGGUGCACUUAUGUUGUUAUGUAAAUUGUAUUAUGUAGUUUUUAAAUAAUUACUCUUAUCUGUUCUGUUAUUCCACUUGAAAAUAUAUUUGUUUUAAAUACAUUUUCUUUAAAAUUGAUUCAAGUGAAGUUAUGUAAACAAAUUGUAUUGGUUUGACUUAAAUUUAAAAACUACACUUUCAUGUAUAUACUUUGUUUAACAAAUUCUAAUUUUUAUUAAUUGUGUAUAUCCUAUUAUGAUGUAUAAAACAAAUAAAUACUAUUUAUGUCAGAUAUUUUAUAUACAGAAAUUAAAACUAUGAUUGAUUCAAAAUCUAAAAACCUGCUGUAAAUUAAAAUAAUUCAGUUGUUCGAAGAUGGGGGGGAGGAGCAUAUAUAUCAUAGUGAAAUCUCUAUAACCUUUUUAAUUUACAAAUAAUCUGUUAUAAGGUGAUUAUUUAUAUUUUAAACUAAUAAUCGCUAACCAAUAAUAUUCUACUUGUCCUAAUUUAAUUAAAUUUAAAUUUAUCUUUUUUUGUUAAAUUUAAAGAUGAAAAUACAAUAUUUAGUUGUAUUUUUUUUCAGAUUAAGUUGGACUAUUUUGUAUGUUAUGCUUAUUUCAAAAUACCUAUUUAUUACAAUUAAUUAUAUAUAAUUAUUAUCAAAAAUAAAUUAUUUUAUAUAGUAGAUAUAAAUAAUAUUUGAGGGCUGUAUUAUUAUAAAUAUAUUUUAUUACAGGUGAUACAUUUAAUAAUAAAAACUCAUCUUUUUAAAACAUAGAUGUAUUAACGAUAAUUUUAGAUUUUAAAUUAUUUCAUUAAAAAAAAUAACUACAUUCUUUGUAUAAAACUUCAAUGAAAUAAAGUUAUAAUUCUAAAUUGGUAUACGUUUUGCCUAUUAAAUUGUUUUGUAUGAAAUUUAUUGUAAAUUAUAGCUGUAAAUUAAAUACAAAAUAUUUAUCAAUAAAUUAAAUAUGAAGUGAGUUUCUAUAUUAAAUGUUUCACUUUGUAUAUUGUUAAAUUAAAAUUUAUUAUCAAAAAUAAAUAUUUUUAGGCAUUACUUCAAGCUCGAUUAGGUGCUUAUUUAUCAGAAUCGGAUGAUGGAGAAAAAGCUGCUUCAAAAAGAAAGUCUAGUUUGAAAAAAUCAGUUGAAACUAUUAAUUUAAUUGAUGAUGAAUCCGACGAGGAAAAUAAAAAUAAGAAUUCUGAAUGGUAGUUUUUUUUUUUAUGAUAAGUCAUUUUAUAUUUCUUUUCAUAUAGUACAUUAAUAGUUUAAUACAAAUUUUAUUUAAUAGUUCAAAAAUCCCAUUGAAACGUAAUCACGGCAUCAGUCAAGAUAUGAAGAAAUCAACUAGAGAUAGAAGUUUAAGUAAAGAUUUGGUUCAUUCAAAAUCAGAACGACUUAGAAAGGAUAAAGAACGUGAUAAGGAAUAUGAAAGGUGCAGAGAAAAAGAUAAAGAACGCCAGAGAAAAAUUAAACAUUUAGAGGAUGAAAAAAGACGAGAAAUUAGACGAAAAGAAGAAGAGAUUAAAAAAAGAGAAGAUGAUUUAAGGCGACGUGAACAAAGAAGACGAGAUGAAGAAAUAAAAGAAAUUGAAGAAGAAGCAAAGAGAAGAGCUGAAGAAGUAAGGAGACGUGAAGAACAGAUUAGGCAACGUGAAGAUCAAUUGAGACGAAGACGAGACCGAAUUAAAAGUCCUACAUGUAAGUAUUCAAAAUAUAAUUAUUAAACAUGUAAUUAAUAAUUAAUUCAAAUUUUAUCUUUAUCAGCUAAUAGAGAUCGUGCAAGAAGUCCACCUGGUAAGAGUUACACAUCAUAAUAAUAUAACAUAAAGGUGUACAAAUUUCAAACUCAAAUUGAUUAGCAAAUUGCUUGUAAGUUUGUGCACUAAAAAUGUAUAAAUAUGCAUGAAUUUAUGCAUUAAAAAUGUCAUAAAUGAUGAAUGAUAAAAAUAUAUAUGUAUUCAUAUUUUUUAAAUAAUUAUAAUAAUAACAAUAAUAAAACAAAUGUACUUAUUGAAAUAUGAACUGAAAAAUAUAGAAUCAUAAAUUAAAACCUAUAAAAUACUGCUAAUUACUUAAAAAAGUAAAUAUCAACAUUUAAUAAACAUUAGGAUAACUGUUAUUUUGGCAUAUUUCAAAAUAUAUUGCAGUGGAUUUUUUGUGUGUAUUUGGUGGGAAAAAAAUGCAUUCAAAAACUUUCUUUCUUUAACUUAAUUUCAUCCCGGCUUAAUAAGCAGUCAAUAUUUAGUUACAAUGGUACUUAUUAGUACUGUUUGGUAAUUGUUAUGAGCGCAAUAAAUAACUUAAAAAUAUGGUGGAAUAUAUGAACUUUUAACAUGAUUUUUGUUGAUCGGUUUAGGUCCCAUUUGUGGCACAUGUGCGUCAUUCACUUAUGUAAACAUUUUGUCAAAAGCCAAAAUAACAAAUAUAUCUUCAUAAACAUGUUCCUAAAUUUAAAUUUGUCUAGUUUAAUUAUUUUGACCUAAAUAAGAUUUUUUUUCGUCUUUAUAAAACAGGAUACCAUUGUUUUUAGAUUUUUAAGAUUUUUUUAUAUUAUACAUAUUUUAAGAAUGAUGCAGUAUGGUUGUAAAAAUAAAAACUGCUGUUAUGUACAUAUAGUCAAUAUUAUCAAUUUAAAAAACUUUGACAAUUAAAAUAAUGUUUUAUUUUAGUUUCUAAUAGAUACAGAGACCGUGAUCGAGAACGUGACCGUGAUCGAGAACGUGAUCGUGAUCGUGAUAGAGAACGUGAUCGUGACCGAGAUAGAGACAGGGAUAGGGAUAAAAGAUAUGGUAGAAAGUAUGAUAGGAGAUCACAUAGUAAAGAUCGACAUUCUAGGUAAGUGUAAGUUUCAAUUCUAAUUUGCAUAAUUGAACAAAAUUUAUAUAAAUAGGUUUUAAAUUAAAAUUUAACUAAUGACAUUAAUUAUAGAUCUCAUAAAGGAAAGGACCGAGGAGAUAAAUAUAAAGAUAGUUUCUCUGAAGGUCUUAAACGUGAUGAAAAAUCUUCUUCAGAUUCUGAGUAAGAAUUUUUUUUUUUUUUUAGAUUUAUUCCCCUCUAAAUUCAUAUAAAUAUAUAUAAUAUGAUCAAUCCUCGAUAAGACAUACAUUAUCUCAGAAAGUGUUUAAUUGUUUUCAAUUUGUGUUUCUUACAAUAUUUAAGAAAUCAAUAUUUUUAAAAUGUUACAUUACCAUUUUUGUUCCACCCUAAAUUUUGGAGAAGCCACAACCUACUUUUUAUUUUCUCAAAGUAACUUGCAUUAAAAAUUGCAUAAAUAUUUUUAUUGUAAUUAAAUGUUGUUAGAAAUGUUUAAAUUUCAUUGAUUGUUAAGUUUCCGUACAAUAAACUUGAAGUGCAUCAUUUACAUUAAAAUUCAGUCCCAUUUAUGACCUUGUGGAAUGUUAAUGUUUUUAAUUUUUAAGAUCCUUUAAAAAACUUUUGGAUUUGUCUAUGCGCAAUGAGUUAAUUAUUGGAUUGAUUGAAUUAUUGAUAACUUUUUUGUUGUUUUAAAUUAGUUAAUUAUUUUACAGUAUCGAUGUAAAUAUAAAUAUUGCGGAAGAUGAAAAUGAGGAAGAAAUUAUAGAGAAAAGACGAAAGCAAAGGGAAGAAUUAUUAAAGGUAAUUUUUUAAUUAUUUAAUUAUUUGAUCAUAGAUAUUUUUUUAAUAUUGAUAUUUGAAUCUGUACUUUAGAGAUUAGGAGCAAAUAAUAGUAGUAAUUUGCACAGUGAAGAUUCUAUGAAUCCUUCUCCUCACGGAAGUAGUGUAACUGAAACAUCUUUGCAGCAUUCUCCAGAACUUCAGUCUCCCAAAGAAAUCAGCAAUAGGUUAAAUGAUUCUGAUUCAGCACCAGAUAAAGAGACCAAGCCAGAUCAUGUAUUAAAUCCUGAUUUAAUAAAAGGAAAGUGGGAUAUGUUUGCAGAAGCUGAUUCAUUUCAUGCAACACAACAUGUAAAUCUUUAUUUUUGCUAAAAUUAAUAAACAGUUUUAUUGAAAAUUUUAAUUUGAAGUGAAAUUAAUGAAAUUUAUGAAUUUGUUUAUGUAGACUCCUGUACCAGAUGGUAUACCUAACGGAAACAAAAGUGUUCCUGAAAAUCCUUCUUUAACUGAUAACUGGGAUGAUGCUGAAGGAUAUUAUCGUGUAAGAAUAGGUGAAAUAAUGGAUUCUCGGUAUGCUGUUUAUGGGUAUACUGGUCAAGGAGUGUUUUCUAAUGUUGUUCGUGCGAGAGAUGCUGCACGUGACAAUCAAGACGUGGCAGUUAAAAUUAUAAGAAACAAUGAAAUUAUGUAAAUUAAAUAAGCAUUUUAUAUUUUUAUUAUUAUAAUAUAUAGUUUAUAAUGUAUUUUAAAAUUGAAUUUAGGCACAAGACAGGACUAAAAGAGUUGGAAAUUCUUAAACGGUUAAAUGAUUCUGAUCCAGAUGAUAGGUUUCAUUGUUUACGUUUAUAUCGUCAUUUUUUCCACAAACAACAUUUGUGUAUGGUCUUUGAACCACUCAGUAUGAAUCUUAGAGAGGUAAAGUAUAUUAAGUAAAUAUUUAUAAGUUUUUAUGUACAUAUAUAUAUAUAAGUAUUUUCAAUUUUAUACAUUUUAUCAAAUAUUAAUUACUCUUUAUAGUUUCAUAUAUAGGUACUUGAUAUUCACUAAUCUUCAUGUAUAAUAAAAAGAGUAGAAUUAGCAAAACGGAAUUCCAAAAUAGAUUUAUUCUCUUUUGGCCAUUGUUUUUGCAAAAAUAUAUAUAUUUAUAAUUUUGAUGAUAAACAUGUUAAUAAUGAAUUAUUAUUAUUUAAGUUUUCUAAAUUAUAAUACAAUUUUCACCAUAAAAAGUUUGUUCAAUAUAUUGUCUAAUGACUAAAUGACAAUAUUAUAUUAUUAGUAAAAAUUAUUCUACAGAAAAUGUGAUGAACACUAUCACUUAGCGCCUUACACGUGUUAUUUAAUUUUGUUCAUGGUUCAUGGAAUUAUAACACUGGUUUAUAAGUCCAUCUAAUUAAAGUAAAACUUUUUCUGAUAGGGUCUGAACUGUAUAAUUUCAUUCACUGAUGUCAGGUGGUGGCAUAAUGCACCUCUGCCAUCCAUUUUAUACAGUUGCCAAGUAAGCCCCCCUUCUUUGCCCGUGUAGCAUAAAUUACUUAUUGUCUCAAUAGCAGCCUGUAUUCUUUUCAUUAUUCGCUCUGGUGAAAAGUAGAGGCUUACACCAACUGUAUACGUGAGGUCAAGAGAUACAGCAUAUAUAUUACGGAAUAUGGAUUAUGGAUAAUUAAUGUGAUAUUACAUUUGUAAUUUUUGAAAUUUAUUUGAUUGCCAUCUACCAAUCUGGUUCCCUGGUCCAACUUCUGUCCCAUAUUCAAAUCAUGCAUCUACUAACUCUGGCUCAGCUCCUAUAAAAGUCUUUCGCCACAUGAUACAGAAAUAUUAACAACACUAUCUCGCCCAAUCCUUGUUUUUUUAAACUCAAUCUUUCCCGCAAAGCAAUAAGUUCGUUUUCUCACCUUCAUUUUGGUUGUACAUUACUCUCUUCCCACUCCUUUAAAUUAUCCCUAAAUGACUUCUCUAUUUGUAUCUUUCAUAAAAAUACAAUUUUAUUAUUAUUUAACAAAAGAAUGUAGAAAUCAUUGAAAUCGUUAUCAAUUUUGAUAUUAUCUUAUAAAUUGUUCACUUGCUUCCUAUAAAAUCAGUAUAAUAGAUAAAUUGUAAAAGUUUUUACAGGCAAACUAAAUUUCAGGGAUGAUACUUUUAGUUUCACUUCUGCUAGGCAACUGAGAAGAGUUUGAUUUUGCAUUUUUAAAAGUCAGUAUUUACGAUUUUCAUCAAGAUUUGCUAUUAAAUAAAAUUCUUAAAAAAAAAAUUAACAUUGCAGUCAAUAUUUAUUUUCUUACCACAAUGUAUGACUUGUAAUGAACCUCCUGUUAAAUUUUCAAUUAUUUCUGUUUGGUCCAAUAAUUUUAUCCACAAAGUAAUUAUCAAAUAAAAAUUACAUGAAAUACGUACAAAAUUAAAAUAUAUAAAAAAAUAUUUUUUAAAUUGUAUUACGUCUAGAAAAGUCAAAUAUAGGUUCAUAAUCUUCAUUUUUAUUUUACCAAACUUACUUUUAAAUUUUAUAUUGAUCUCUAUAUGUAAUUAAUUAUAUUUUUUACUUGGAUUAUUAACAAUUAUUUGUUGGACUAUAUUAUUACUAAUUACUAAAAAAUAACUAAACUAAUAUUAAAACAUAGGUGUUGAAGAAAUAUGGAAAGGACAUUGGGUUGCAUAUUAAAGCAGUUCGUUCAUACAGUCAGCAGUUAUUUUUGGCAUUGAAGUUGAUGAAAAAGGCAAAUAUAUUGCAUGCUGAUAUCAAGCCUGAUAAUAUUUUAGUAAGUAUUUUAUUUAUUUACAUUUAGAAUUUAGAUUUAAGCCGAGUAAGACGAAAUUCCAGGAUUUAGUUGAUUUCUGGCCAAUGGCAUUACAAAAUUAUGAUCAUAAUAUUGAUGUUAUUUACAUUUUGGUAAUUAGGUAUUACCAAUUCCAGUUCAACUAUGAUACAACUCUCUGGAAAAAUUUAUUUGUCUGGUCUGCAGUUCCUGCGAAUCUCAUACUCCGGGUUAUAACAAAAAUAAAACUUUAAUAUUACUGUGUUCAUAAGUUUAUUCCUUUUGUUAUAUCUAUAGGUGAAUGAAAGUAAAUUAGUGUUAAAAUUAUGUGAUUUUGGAUCAGCUUCACAUGUUGCUGAUAAUGAGACCACCCCAUAUCUUGUUAGUCGAUUUUACCGGUCACCUGAAAUAAGUAAGUUUUAAAUAAUUUUGUACUUUGUAUAUCACUAAUGAAUUGUAUUUUAGUUUUAGGUAUUCAGUGUGAUUUUGGUAUUGAUAUGUGGUCUGCUGGUUGUACAAUUUAUGAACUCUAUACUGGCAAAAUAUUAUUUCCAGGAAAAACCAAUAAUCAAGUAAUUUAUAUAUAUAUAUAUAUAUAUUUUCAAAUUUAUUAGUAAAAUUAACUUUGAUUUAUAUUAAAACAUGGAUUUAUUUCAUCAUCAGAUGUUGAAAUUUUUUAUGGAUUUGAAAGGCAAAAUGGCUAAUAAAACUAUUCGUAAAGGAAUGUUUAAAGACCAACAUUUUGAUAGCAAUUGUAAUUUUCUGUAUCAUGAAGUCGACAAAGUUACAGAACGAGUAAGCAUUAAUAGUUAAUAUAUUAUCUCUACCUACAAAUAUAUACAUUAAUAAUAGACCAUUACAAGUCCAGUUUUAAAAAAGUUAUUAGUAAGUUACUUAAAUUCAAGCAAAACGGAAUUCCAGAAUUUAUUUAUUAUUUUCUGGCCAUUGUCUUUGCAAAAAUAUUUCUUAUUAAUUUAAUGAUAUACGUUUUAAUAAACUAUUGUUAUUAAAGCUAUUUUAAUUAUAAUACAAUUUUUAAUUAACUCUUAUCAAUUGAAAUUAUUACUUAGUACAAAGCCAAUAUACUCAAUCAUUAGAGAAACAUUUGUUUAUUUAAAAGUUAAAUGUAUGUUUUAUUUUUGAAAUUAUAAAUUUAAAAUUUGCCUGUGUUUUAAUAAAAAAUCUAGUUAAGAAGAUAAUUUAUUUUUGAAAAAUUAAAAUAAUAAAUAUUUAUGUGUUAUAUUUAACAUUUAUUAGAACUUCUCAUAAAGUACUUUAUUUACAAGUUUAUUCCGCCAUUUUCUUUUUUGUAAGAUUUUAAAAUUAAAGAUAAAUAUGAUGAAAUAAUCUUUAACUCAUUGUAGAUAAUCAACUGUAAUUAAUAUGGAAUAUUAUGAUCUGCAAAUAGUUUCAAGUAAAAAUAUUUAUUACUUUUGAGUAGUUGUAUUAUUUAUGAUGCAAUGUAAUUAUAAAAUAAUAACAUGACGAUACAGUGUGCAAUAAAAUUGCUUCAUGCAAAGUUAAGUAAUUUUAUAGUAUUUAAAUAAAAUUCAAAGCUUAACAAGUUCAUAAAAAUUACUUUUACUGAUUACUAUUAUUUUAUCUAAAUUAUUAUUAAAGCAUACAAAAUAAAAAGAUUUGUUUUAUAAAACAAAGUUGUAUUAUUUAAAUCAAUUUAUUUCUAUGGUUAUGGGAGAUUUGCUAUAUUUAAUCAAAUUGUGAUAUUAGACCUAAAAAUAAUUGAUUAUAUUUGUAUGAUUUUUAAAUGAUUUUUAUUCCUUUUUUUUUACAGGAGAAAAUUAUAACAAUGUCCUCAAUAAAUCCUAGUCGUGAUUUAUAUACUGAAUUAUUGGGAAAUCAAAAAUUACCAGAGGAGCAAAUUCGUAAAGUGGGCCAAUUGAAGGACCUGUUAGAUAAAAUAUUGACUCUGGAUUCUUCAAAACGUAUUGGCAUAUCACAGGCUUUGGUACAUCCGUUCAUAUCGGAAAAAAAUUGAUCAGUGCGAGUAGUUAUACUUAGAAAAAUUAACAUAAAACACUGACUUUUACUUUUGAUUCUGUGGAAUCAAAAUAAUUUUAAAACUAGAAAUUUUCGUAAUUUAAAAUUAUUUUCCACUUACAUUAUUUUGUACACAGUUUUUCUUUUCAACUAUCUAUCUAAAUAAAAAAAAAAAUUUAUUUUACCAAAAAUUGGUCGUUUUAUGACCUGUAUAUUGUAGUUAAGAAAUGACAACAUAAUAUUGUUAAUAAUAAAGUACAAUUUUGAAAAAUAGUUAUAACAUUUCCAUUUUGUAAUUUAUUUAUUCCGUGUUGAUAUUUUUGUAUUCAGCAGAAUUCUUUGUACAUGAUGGUUUUUAUUUGUUUUGCAGAAUGAAAGCAAACUCAAAAAAAUCAUAGAACACAUAGAAAUUGUCAAAAUCAUUUCUCCUCCAAUGUUUGUCCUCCAAUAAUUUGGUAAUUAAAAGAUAAUUAUCAGGAAAUCUAAAUUUAACAUUUUAAUUAGACAUUUAACAACUCCAACCUAAGGCAAUCUAAUUAUAAUGGUUUCCACUAUACUUUUUGCUGCAUAAUUGGUUGGUUUGUGGCAGUUCCAGAUACUAAUAAUAGUCUAAAUAAACAUCUAAAUACCUAUGAAGAAUAAGACAAAAUAAUACAAUUAUACAAUGAUAAUAAUGACCAUUAGCUUUUGCAUUAAUUUCAUUCCAUGGAAAAUGUUUCUAAAAUCUGGAGUUGUCACUAGUAAUGAAUUUGAUUAUACCUUACCCCUUUAUUAAAAUAGGAUAAUGAAAAUAUUUGCAGUUUUAAUUUCUUUGUAAGUUGUUAAUUUUUCAGGGUUACUCAACAGAGAGAAGCAAAUCAAAAGUGGCUUAUUGGUUUCCAAACAGGUAACAUAAAAUAAAAAUAGUUUCAUUAAUGCAAUAAUAUCAGAAAUUGAAAUAAUAUUUUCUUUGUAUUUACUUCAAUUUUCCAAUUUUCUAUUUAAUAUCUCAUUCAAAUUAUUCCAUUAUUGUCACUUCUUACUCAUAUAAUUACCAAAACUAAUUCAUUUUGGAAACAUUUAUUUUGUAAAAAUAUUAUUUAUAGGUUAAAGUUUUAAUUAUGUCUAUAACUUUUAGAAUCUUGAUUAUUAUCUAUCUGAUAGAUAUAAAUUGUUUGUGAUAGAUUCUAUCGUAAACAAUUUGAGUUGUUAUUUAUAUUUUUAUACCAUGUGUGGGGCAGAUAGUUUAAUUUUGUUUUCUACGAGUCAAUUUUUUUUGAUUCUUAGUGUAUGUAUCAUAUGUUUUAUAACUGUUAGUUUUUCCCUGUAAUUAUUUAAGGUUAAUAUAGAUAGUGUAAAUGUUAUAAACUUAACAACUUACAAACAUAAGAUAAAUUAAAACUGCAAGUUUUAGGGUAAUUUACAAUAAAAUUGAAUGAACUGAAAUUCAGAAUUGUUACACUUUUACUUAAUUUUUUGGAAAUUCGUUGUUAAAAACUGUUAAAUAAAUCUAAUUUUUAGUCUUUAUUUAAAAUGAUUCAGAUUGAAAAAUUGUAAAAAUAAUGUUUCUCUAUUGUAAAUUACAAAAAAAAAAAAUUAAUUUUGCUGAUGGGCACCAUUCUUAUUAUAAGUGGAAAUUUGUUGAGAUAGUAUGACCUAACCUGGUUAUUUAAUUUAUGUUAGUCAAAAUUUGGUUUUAAAACGCCCAUAAGAAUAAAAUUAUUACAAUGUUAAAUUUUAUUUUUUUAUACCACUAAAUAUAAUUUGUAAUAAACUUAAUAUUUAAUUUUCAAUCUUUUCCAUUUCGCCAAAAAAAUUUUAUCCACAUAAAACUGAAUUGAAGUUAUAAAAGUCAAAAAUAUCAAAUGCCUAUAAUAACUGCAGAUGCCAGAAUGCUUUGUACACUUUAGCGCAUCUAAUAAGAUCACAAUAAGGUACUUUUAUCUAAUGUAAGUAUUAGGUGAAAAUUUCAGGACUUGACAAUUAUUUUUAAUUGAAUUACAACGAAAAUAACGAAACUGAAGUUUCUUAUUUUUCCCAAAUUAUUAAAAAUAAAAAAAUUAUCACAUGCACCAAAUAGACAACAUUUUUUUUAGAAAAGAUACUAGUUUUUAAAUUUGGAGAAAGAUUUUUUGAUGGAAAAACAAAAUGGAAUUUAAUAAAACUUUUAUUGCUGUACAUUUAGUGUUUGGACGUUGCUCCCUAUACUUUUCCCCCAACCGUGAUCUUUAGCAGUACUGGAUGUUUCUCACCUAGACUGAGAUGUCCCGACCCUCUGAAUCAUAUAUUUUUUACACAUAAUAAUAGCUUAAGAAAUAGGAUUUUUGGUUUUACCUAAAAUAUAAGAUCAUCAAUCGGUUUUCAUCAUUUACGUUAUGGAUUUAUUUUUGAAUUAUAGAACGGGAGCUUUCCAUAAUAAUUUGGGUAAUGAUAAUAGGUUAAAAAAAUUAUAUGAAAAUUUUUGUAUAAAGGUAUUUUGAAUUUUUAAAUUUCGUGAGCUAUCUUACCAGAAUAAAAACUAUUGGUUUGGUUUUUUUGAUUAUUUGUAUUAUUUAAUUUUGUAUUACGAUGAAAUUCAAAUUUGAAUUAUAUUUAUAUAUUAAUUUAAUCAUUUGUACAUUUAUUUAUUUGUUUUGUAUAUUGUUGUUUAAUAUUUUUACUUUUUUAUUUUUUUUGCGGGGGAAAUAAUCUGGUUUGGAGAGAAAAUGUUCAAUGAAUUUAGAGGGGAAACAUCUUAAAUUCUGUAAAUUUUUUUUUCCAAUUAUUAUAAAAAAUAUUUGUGAAAUUAAAAUAUGAUUUCCUCAAUGAACCAAAAAGAUCCAAAAUUAUACAAAAAAGCUAUCUUUUUUUGGUAGAAGUUAUUUACAGACAAAAAAAAAUCAUCUAUCAUACCUAGUAGAAUCAAUACAAUGUUCGCUAUGCUCAGAAUCUUAAAUCUGUACAUAAUAUAUGACUAUGUAAGUUAUAGGAUAUAGGGAAAUUAAGUUUUAAAUACCUAUCAUUAUUAGGCCUAGCAUAAGUGCCUGAUAAAUUUACCAAUAAGCAAAUAACCUAAAAAAAUGUUACUAUAAUCUUGUAUGUUAAACCUGUCCAUUUAUUGUAAAAAUAUUCAAUUACCAAAUUUUUAAAAUUUGCUUUAUUUCUCUGGUUUCUGUUUGGCGCUCCUUUUGUUAUAGCGCCUGGCCCAUGCGUAACUUUCGUGCAUCCCUAGCCACAUCUUUAAUAUCUAUUGAGAGCAAUUAUAAGUUAUUAAAUAUUGGGUACUAGUCUAGUUGACAUCUACCAAAAAAGUAUUCUCCCGCCAUUACUACUUUGGUAUUUUCAGUAUACAUGUAUUUCAGUGAUGACUGCUGAAUAAUUUAGGUAGGCAUUCUAUAAUAUUAUAUAUGGUAUCUGCUGUUAUAUUUAUCUUUUAUCAUUAAUUUUUACUAUACUGAUUUUAACUAUUAUUCUUAAAAUAUCCAAUAAGUGAAUUUCACAUAUAUACCUAACUUAUAUAGUUUUUGUACCAUUUAACCUACAGUACAUUAUUUUAAUUUUAAAUGCAUAAUCUAUAAAUAAAGCAUAUACAUAUUAUAACAAAUGAUUAAAAUAACAAAAAUACAAGAGAUACAAGUGGUAGGUGUGAACUUAAAUCUGAGUGGCGGGAGAGUAUACUUUAUUGAUCGGGGUCAAUUAGAUCAGUACCAAUUAUUAUAAACAAAAAGCUAUUUAGAGUAAAUUAAAGCCGAUUUAAUGUGUCAAUCAUUUUUAAUUUGUUCCUUUACUUGUCCAAAGAAGAACUCAGAAUAUCUAAAAAAAGAUUAUUCAAGUAUGAGUACCUGAAUUGUUUUAAUUGUGGUUCAAAUGUAUACCUACCUACUCUUCAGAAACAAUUACAUAUUUACAACCAAAAUUUGUUUUUGUAAAAUUCAAUCAUAAGCAAUAAAUUGUGACUAGAUAGGUAUUUUUGUUUUACAAUAACUAAGAAAAUUAUGAACUCAUAUUAAGUGUGUCGAAUUUGAUUUGUUCUGUUUGAGGAUAGACCGACAGAACUUAUUAUCAAGUGUUACUAAAAAUGGCUAAAUAGGUGCUUUUCAUUAAUCAUGUUCACUAAAUAAAUUUAAAUUAAUUGAUUGCUGUUGGGACUAUGGUUUAAAAGUAAUUUUAGAAUUGAUUGAACUUUAAUCAUAUUAUGUUAUAGUGAUAUGAUAAUAAUAAAGCAUAUAAACUCGGUUAUAGAAUUCAGCGGGAACUACUUGAUAUUAAUAAGUUUUAAUUUUUUACAUAGACAUAUAAAAUAUUUGAAAAACUGUUUUUCUAUAUAUUUUAAUAAAAUUAAUUUAUUAUUUUACAGGGUGAUUAAAAUAAUGUAAGACACUUUAUCUCAAGUAUACAUUUUUUUUUGGAAUUUGUUUUUUAGAAAAUUUAAGAAAUAAGCAGCUAUAAAAUGUUAAAUUACUGUUAUUAUUUUUAGGGAUGAAACCACUAACCACUUUUGGUUUUCAAAUAUUAACCCCAAAAUGUAUGUUAAUUAUUAUGUUCUGAGUUCUUAUUGUGGUUUAAUGGUAAACUUUGACUGUUUAAAUUUAUGACUCUGGGAAUAAAAUCAGACAAAGUUCCUAAUUUCUUUUUGUAUUUUAUUCAAAUAGAAAUGAAAUACAUUUUUAGCAUACAUUUCUAAAAUCUCAAUAUACGUAUUACCUAUUUCUAAUUUCCUAUUAAUUCAAAUAAUUUUUCUUAAAACUCAUCAAAUUGUAUGAAAUAUUUAAUAAGCUUAAAGUAGGGUUUUUUAUGCAAAUAAAACUUGUAUCAAUUUAUUAAAAAAUGGAUUUUUAAGAAAGCUUGCUCAAUUAGAGUUCCUAAGUCCCGAUAACACAUAACAAUGUUACAAUUCUGUAAUUAUGUUUUAUUAUUCUAGUCUCUAUUUAAAAUUUGUAUCAACAAGUUUUUCCAUCUACCUAUCUAAAUAAUUUUAGCUGUAUUAAACCAACACCUAUCUAUGACCAUUGAUUAUAUAAUAUACAAUUAAGUAAUAAUAUAUCUUAUUGGGCAUAGAUGACUUCAAAUAAUCAAAUACCUACCUACCUGAUAAGAAAUUUUUUAAUACUUUAAAAUUAUAAAUUAAUUGUGGCGAUAUGGAACAAAUGUCUACAACUUUUGAAUUACAGAUAGUAGAACUAAUAUAGGUACCUAGUAUACAUUCUAAAAAUGUGCUAUAAAGAUUUGAGAAAGGUGUUUUAUUGUUUUGUAGCACAAAGUGAUUUCAGUUGAAUCUAUUAUAAUAUUGUAUUGAUGUGGUAUUGCAAUUUAAACCAAAAUUCAAUCUCCUAUGAAAAUAUUGUAUGAUACGAUUAAUUAGUACAUUUAUAGUAAUGGUCAUUAUGGAUUGUGCUAUUAUGUAAUGAAGUGUGGAAAAAUAACAUGAUUUAAAAUAAUAUGGAAUUUGGAUAAAUGCUUUCAAAGUUUAAACCAUUUAUAUUAUACCUAUUAAAUUGUAUACAUAUAAAUAUCUAUCUGUGUAUAUUAUUCAAUAUAUAGUUAAUACAUAAGUAGGUAUGUAUUAUAAUAUAUAUUUUGUUUUAUAGAAGGUAAAUAGUAAAGGUGCUUCCAACUAAUAUUAUGAUUUGUAAUAAUUGACUUUACAGAUUAGAUAAAGUUCCUAUAUCUAUUUAUGUAGUAGGUAUGUUAUUCUAAAAUAAUAUUUUAGACCAAUACUAAUACCAGUAUUUUAAUAAAUAUAUUUAUUUUUUAAAUUUUAUUUUACAGUUUUUCAGAUGAAUAUUUGUUAUUUAUACAGGUACCUAUAGUUCAAAAUUCAAGACUAUUAAAUUUCAAUGA